CCUGCUCCCCGGCCGCCCCUUGUGUGUGAGAAAUGAGCGGCUCGUUAGACCAAUUCGACGAGGAUGACGACACCGAGCGUAGAAAAGCAGUUGAGAUGCUCGGUGAGCCGCCGGGGGAUGACUCUGAGAGGAUUGACCCAUCGCCACGCACUCUAUCGUCCAGCCAGAAUGCCACCAACCAGUACAACCGCACUCAGGAGGACGACGCGGCGAGUUCUCUCGUGGUGCCGCCAGAUCUCACUGCACAGCCCGAUGACAGUGCAUGCUGGUCGCCAGAGGGACGGUGGAGGCAGCAAUGGGCCAGAAACGGCGAGAUUGAGGACUUCAGCCCUCAUCAGAGAGCGAGUGCGGCAGCGGCCUCUGCUGCUGUCGGUGGUGGUGUUGGUCGUAUAGUUUCAUCCCCUGGGCCACCAGGUGCUUUCCGUGGGCAGCAGGGCAUAGCAUCGGUAGGAGGGGGAGGUGUUGGGGUCGGGUGGGAGGGGACGGCUAGUGCGAGGAGAGAGGAGAGCCCCCCGCCCAUCCGUCAGCCAUCCGGCAACAACCUGUAAGCCAACCACCGCACCCGCCCAUCUUCGUUCGAUGCACACAACAAACACAACACAAGCCGCUUUCUCUUUCGCAUGUGUGUGUGUGUGUGUGUGUGUGUCAGUUCGUUAGUCCCCCGUGGUGAGCCCCCCCAUCGGUCGGUGUCGUUUCUCGGUGGCGUGACGUCCAACAUAGUAGAGGACCAUGCCAGAAUGAAUGCGGACCUCUCUCGGCUGCGGGCUGCCUUCGAAGCCACCAAGACCAGCGAGGCCGCGGUGAGUCAGUAACAGGCAAACACACACACACACGGACCAUCGGCCCGUUCAUUGCCCCGCACUGCUUGUGAUGUCUGUGUGUGUUGGUGUGGUCAGUUGAGUGUGCAGGUGGGCGAUUUGAUGGCGGCCAAGACCAGGGCUGAGAAUGACGCCCACAACGCCGAGAGAAGGCUGGAGCAGCUCAUCAAAGCGCAAGGUGGCUGCGCAUUCACACGAGCACCUCCCAGUCCCACAAUCCAUUUGUGUGUGUGUGUGUGUGUGUGUCAGGUCGUGGUUUUUCGUACAACAGUUGGCUGGAGAAGGAGAACAGCGGGCUGCAGGGGGAGGUCACCAACCUCCGCAUACAAGUCGAAGAGCUUCUCGAGCAACUCUCGCGACAGGUACUUCCACACACAACCACACCACACCCCCUGCUCCACAAACACACGCACAGCACACCCUCGAUGUGUGUGCGUGAUUGUGUGGAUCAGAACACUUGGCACGAGGAGCAUGCCGCCGUGUUGGCCAAGGAGGUGGCCGACCACACCACCAGAAUCGCAGUGGUAUGCUAUGCGCAGGCGGGCAGCCGUGGGGGGAUGAAUGAAUGGGUCAACCCGUCCCCCAUCCCCCCAUCCAUGUGUGUGUGAUCUGCAUGCCGCUCCUUCAUUGCUUCUAUCAGUCUCAGGAGUUGCACAACAACAAGGACGGCGAGAUCGCCGUCCUGCGGAGGGAUAUCGAGGAACUCAACCAGCGACACAGACAGCAACUGCAGCAGGUAGGUAUCUCAUCACACCGCCCGUCCAUCCAUCCAUCCAUCCCCUCCCGCCCCUCUAUCUCUCUCUGAUGAUCGAUCCAUCAGGUUGAGGGCCAUGCAUCAGAUCUCGACUCGCACAACCAGCAGCUGCAGCGCACUCUGGCCGACACCAAGCGGCAGCUCGACGACACCUCCCUCCAGCUCACCACCCUGCGUCAGCGGCACGACGACAACGCCGCUCUCGUGCAGGAGAACGAUCGUCUCAAGAAGUGCAACAAUGGCCUGCAGGAGGAGCUGCUGUCGCUGCGCAAGAUCCAGACGCGCAACAAGGGCGGUAUGCUGCGGCCCGUCGGCGACAUUGUCGAUAGGAAUGGGGGCGAGUGGGUGUCCACUGCUGAGGUCGACGUCAUCGUCGAGCUCGAGAGGGAGAAAAUGCACCAGAGAGUCGCCGACCUUCGAGUAUGCCAACUGCACCCACACCACACCACACCACACCACACCCUCUCUCUCCUCCUCUCUUUCACACACACACAGGCUGAGCUUGACACGACCAAGGCAGCCCUGAUGCAGCUGCAGUACCCGGUGCACCCCCCCACCCCUCCCGCCAGCACACACCGCCCCACGGCCCUCACCGUGGACAGCUGGACCCUCACCGACGUCACCGGCGACAUUCGCUCGCUGGCCGAGCGCAACAGUGAUGUCGGCGAGGCCGUCGAGGGCGUCCGACACCUCAUGGCCACCGAGAUUACAGACCUCCGAAAGCAGCUCGAGGAAAAGACGACCGCCCUGCAGGAAAUGGACCAGCUCAAGAGGCAGGCCGAGUACGAUUCGCACACACACACACGCUCAAGACACGGGAGGAUGCAGAGGCCACGUGCUCUGCCUGUCUGGUGUGCGUUCAGGUCGACGGUGGACGAGUUGCUGCAGAACAGCCGGCUGGACCAGGAGGCCUACGCCCAGCAGGCCCUCAAGCUGCAGCAAGACGCCGAGGAGCGCAUCCAGCACGAGAGGCAGCUCCUGCGCCUCAAAGAGUCCGAGCUCGUCGCCGCACACGAGGAGGUGCAGGUCCUCAAACGACACGUGGCCGUCAAAACGCCCCCCUCCCCACUCCCAGCCAGGGAUCGCCACGACACACCCUGUCAGACAAUGCCCUUGCCACAGCCACAGCAGCAGCAGCAGCACCACACGGCCAGCCAGACGGAGGCGCCCGCCCCCCUGUGCGACUCGACGGUGCAGACGGAGGGGUGGUCGGGUGCCUCGCUGCACCCCAUGUUGAGCAAGGUGGUCGAGAGGGGGGAUGUGGCUAUGGGCAUCGGUAUGGGCAGCCAGAGCGGCGAUGUGACACGGACAUCGAGCUCAACACAGACGGAGGGCGAAGAGAGGGAGAGGAAGAGGGAGGAGACGGCUGGCAGCCACUCGCAGGACCUCGAGGACAGAAACAAACAGCUCGAGGCUGAGGUAAGCUGAGCUAGCGGGGGGGGGAGAGGGAGGGGGAGAGCAUGACAGUCAGUGAUCGGCCGGCCCUCUCUCUGUGUGCCUUGUGUUAGGCUCGUGAGCUGCGUCAUUUCCUGGAGGAGGUGCAGUCCAACUUCCUCUCCCUCUCAAAGCCCUCCCUGGCCGACUCCGCCACACAGACGCCCCCACCCACCCUCGCCUCCCACACCCCCCCGCCCAUAUCCAUCGCCCCACAGCCACGCGCCCCCACACACUCAUCGUCCGCACAGACGGCCUCUCACCGACCGCCACUCAGGUCCGCUUCGGUGCAGGCGGCCCCCGAUCCGCCCCACCUGUCCAUCUGUGUCGAAACCUCGCUGCACCACCCGCCAUCACGCCCCCACUCGACGGCAGUCCAGACAGAGGGGCGGCCGGUGCGCCAUCACCCCCUGCAGACGGAGCGGCUCGACAUGGUGGAGAGGUGGCCGCGGGGGGUUGCCUCCAAGGGCGUGGCUGCGUGUCCCGAUGUCACACACGCGGCGGCCCAGUGCCACCGAGACGACCGCCGGCGUUGUCUGUCGGUGGUGCGGUGUGUGGCCACCCUGGCCAUACGCGGCGGCAAUGGCAGUGGUGGUGGUGGUGGUGGUGAUGGCCAGGACAGCAGCCCGAGCAGCCGUGAGGUGCAGACGGACGAGAGGGGGGAUGAGGUGGGGAGGCUUGGCGAGAGGUGGGCCAGGAAGUACCAGGCCAAGAAGAGGGAGCUCGAGAGAGCGCUACUCGGACAGAGAGACCGCGAACGCGCCGUAAGCGACAACCACAGCCACAGCCACAGAAAGGCCAAGCCGCACUGCACCCUCUUCGUGUUUCAUGUGUUGCCUGCCAUGGCAGGUUCAGUCAAUCGAGGCGGUGCGUGACUCGUACAGCAGCCUUGUGUCGCGCUCGGUGACCAACUCCACCCCCCGGUCCCACCUCUCGCUCUCAGACGCCCCGCCCCUCCCCCUCCCCCUCCCCCCCGCAUCCGCCCGCAGCCGUCACUCAAACAAGGCCAACACCGAGGACGAUGAGGUCGAGUCCUUCGUCGACCUGCUCAAGGACAUCAAGGGCAUCGGCUCCACCAAGAAGCACGCCGCCACACGGCGAGGGGCGAGUGUCGGUGCGGGUGUUGUGGCGCCCCUGCCUCUCGAGAGAGAGCCGAUGAUGGCUGUGGCUGCGGGUGCGCUGCACGUCCGGAUGAGGCACGUGUGGCGUGAGGUGAGGGAGGUCCGGCGGGAGGUGACCGAGGCCAAGAAAGAGGUGGCCGCCAUCCUCGGCAGCAGCAGCAGCCGGGGGGAGGGCGGCGUGUUGCAGUGGGUGUGGGCCAAGAUCAACGACCUGGCUUCCAUCGGCCGGGAGUACGAGCGGCUGUGGCGCAGCGAGCAGCAGGAGAACACCCAGCUCAGAGACAUGCUCGCGUCACUCCAGGCGAUGCUCGCCGCCCCAGCCCCUCACACUCACACAGACCGCCCAUUGCCGGCACUGCCAGACCCCUCCUCGCCCAUGCUGCCUUUGUCCAUGGCCACCGUGUCGCCCGAUCGUGUGUCGACGAGCCGGACGGCUGGGCGCAGUGCGUUCAGCCAGACACUGUGGACGGGGCAGGUGGAGGAGUGGGUGGAGGCCGAGGCGGGCAGGAGGGCCAACAAGCGCAUGACCAAGAUGCAGCAGGAGCUGGCGGGUCUGCAGGAGGGUGUGCGUGGGCGUGUGAGUGAGGUGGAGAGGGCGGCAGCCAGGGACAAGGCGGCGCUUGCCUACAAGCACAAGGAGGCCGCACUGCAGAUGCGCAACCGAUGCCACAUGAAGGUAACUGACCCCCAAUCAUCCCCCCAACCCCCCAACCUCCCAAACACACCCGUUCUCAUGUGUGGGUGCAGCUGGAGGACAUGCAAUCAUGGCUACGUCGCGAGCUGGACCGGUCGGAGUCGCGUGCUGGGGUGCUGCAAGGUCAGCUUGAGGACCAGGUGGCCGAGCGGGAGCAGUCGCUGCGCCGCCUGAGGGAGGCGCUCGAGGUCUCCAACACACACAUCCAACAGACAUUCGACCAACACACCAGGGACAACCGCACACUCAAACUGGUAUGCUCCCCUCCCCUCCCCCUCCUCCCUCCGCCCCCACACACGCAUGGCACAUCGACAAGGAUGGGCCCAUGAUGGUUCGUUCAUGCAUUGCACUGCAGGAGUAUGAGGAGAGGUUGGCUAAGGUGGAGGCGGAGAGGCGAGUGGAGGUGGGCCGUGCGGAGGCGGCUCGUCGCGACCUCGAGGGGACGUGUGACGCGCUGCGUCGUGAGGUCGACGAGCUGCAGCGGCAGCACACACAGAUACAGGCCGUCUACCACAGACAGCUGCAGGAGGUAGGUAUGGCAGAGAGGGAGGGGGGAGGGAAGGAGGGCAUCAGUGGAGUGGAUGGCAUUGAUUUCAUGGUGCGGGUGGGUUUGUUGUGGUGCGGUGGGUGCGGUGUGUCAAGGUGAGAGAUGAGGCCAAGGGUGACUGUGAGCGUCAGAUGGCCGCCGACAAGGCGAACCUGGAAGCCACCCUGCAGCAGCAGCUCAAGGACACCAAAGCACACUAUGAGCAGCUGGUACCAGCCAGCCACAGCCAACCAACACACAUGGCCCCCACAUAGGCAGGCACUUAUGCGCGUGUGUGUUGUGUUGUCUGCCUCCUCGUUGUCUGCCUCCUCCUCACGUCAGCUGCGCGCCAAGGGGCAGGAGGCCGAGGUGAUAGAAGAGAAAGUCGCCGAGAUACAGACAGAGCUCCUACGCCAAGAGCACCAACACAAAGUACACCUUCCUCCCUCUCUCCCCACAGCACACACACACCUACACCUACACCUACACACACACACACACACACACACACACACAGAGAGAGAGAGAGAGGGAGAGUGCCCUGAUUGUAUUGUGCCUAUUAGAUUGACCUAGAGGGUCUGACCGAGACUCUCGAGAAGGACCGCCUGGCGUCGGUGAGGGAGCUGGAGCGACGCCUGCAGGAGGCAACCGACGCACACACACGGACGCGCGACAGACUACAGGCUGACUUGGACAAAGCCACCGCCGACACAGAGGUAUGCCGCGUCACUGUGGAGGUCAUCCAUCCAUCCAUAUGUGCAUGGCAGAGCCUGGAGAGCCGAGUGACGAGUCUGCAGGAUGAGCUGGCGACAGUGCGGGGCGUCCGGGGCUCGCUCGAAGACAAGAUCCACCGGCUCGAAGCCGACCUCGCCGCAGCACAACACGCACUCGCACAGAAGGACAUCGAACGAAGCCGGUACGUGACACAGACAGCAGACAGCCGCAUCGACACUCUGGAGUGUCUGCGUGGGUGUCUGUGUGUUGCCUGUGUGUCAGUGACGACGAGAGGGAGGGCCGGUUGGCGCAUGAGGAGGUGCAGGCGCUGAGGAGACAGCUCACGCAGCGGGAGGAGGACAAGAGACAGUGUGAUCAGGUGAGGUGAACGAUACGGAGGGACUGCACUGCAUGGCUGAAGCGAACAAUACACACACACACACACAUGGCUUCUCCCUAAAUUGCCUGCAGGCGUGGCUGGCUAAGUAUGAGUCGAUGGUCCGCAGCCAGACCGACCUGGACUCGCGAAAUCGGCAGAUAGCACAGGAACUCCAAGUACACAAACACACAACACCUCCCGCACAGCCACACACAUAGAGACACACACACUCUCUCUCCCCUCUGUCCGUCUCCCAGGAAGCCCGGUCCCGCCUUGAGGCCGCCGUCGACGCCCAGCAGUCCAUCGAGGUCACGCUGCACGGCACGGAGACCGAUCUGCAGGCUGCCCGUCGUGAGUGCGAGUCGCUGCGUGCCCUCAACGGUCGGCAGGAUGAGGUGAUCGGGGCGCUUGAGAGGCGGCUGCGUGGCUAUGAGGCGACUGACGAGGUGCUGGCCAGUGAGCUGCACACAGCCAUGGAGACCAGGCUCAAGAAGGAACUCGAUGACAACGUUUGUCAGGUGCAACACACACGGGACACACUGAUGUCUGUGUCAUGAUAAAGUAGGUGCUCAUCUGUGUGUGGUGUGUAGGUCCGUCGCGACUACGAGAAGCGUCUCGCAUCGACGCAGUCUCAGCGAGACGGCCUGCAGCAGCAGCUCAAGACUCUCCAGGAAGCUGUGCAGAUGCUCAAGCACCAGACGCAGACUCUCACACCUCCCCGGUCCACCUCUCCCCAGCCCCAGCCACAGGCGGCCCCUCCCAACCCCCAACAACGCGCCGCAUCUCUCCCACCCACAGCAAAUAUUCGCGCAGACCAGCCGCCCUCCAGCUACGGAGCAUCAUUCCAUCGGAGCAGGGGUGUUGACGAGAGGAGGGAGAGGGAGAGGGAGAUGGAGAGGGAGAAAGCGGCCGUCAUCAAGGAGAAGGAGCGCGAGAUAGACAGGCUCGGCAAGGAGCUGCGUGUGGCAGAGGCGCGCGUCAAGGAGAUCGAGGGCGAGAAGGCGCAGAGGGACAAGGAGGGCAAGGACCGCCACACCCAGCUCAGGAGCAAGCUCGCCGCCCUCCAAAACGAGCUGGACCGCUUCAUUUCAGCCGGUGAGACCGACAUCCGGCAGAGGAAGAUCCGCGAUGAAGCCGACCGUGCGCUCAAGAGCCGAGAGGCCGAGUUUGCGGAGCGGCUCAAGUCCGAGAAGCAGCAGCUGGUUCGGGAGCACCAGCAGCGCAUCAAGAAGGCCAAACAGGAGGCGGAGGAGACCGUCAGGGCCAUGCAGAGGGACAAGGAGAAGGCCGAGGCCGACCGGAUGGCGCUCUUCGAGCGGACCGUCGACGGCCUUGUGGACGUCUUCGACACAGCACGCGACCACCUGACGGCCAUCACAGCCGCCGACUCAUCCGCAGCAGGGACGUCCGAUGACAGUGUCCCAUCCUCCUCCUCUCCCCGUCUGCUGCUCUCCCGCCGCCCAUCCCCUCUCCGGUCAUCGAUCGGUGCCCGGGCCCCCGCGCCAUUCCAUCGGCUGCUGCCCGCAGACGGCUCACCCAAGAUGCUCCGAUGGUCACUCGUCCACCUUACCUCCGCACAUCGAGACAGGAAGGCUCGCAGCAGCGGCAACAGCAGCAGCAGUGGGAGGGCCGAGAGUCCCUUCAGUAGCAUGACGGACGACGAGCUGCGGCGCGUGCGGCCGGUGCUGGAGCUGGUGCGCCAGCUGGUGCUGGUGGCGAUGGGUGAGGGAAUGCGCUGGGCGAUGCCGCUGUGGCGGGGGAGGGUCGCGGCCUACCGGGCCAUGCUGAGGUUCCACCGGAACGUCGCACACAGGAGACUUAGGAGGGAACGGCAGAAGGUGCGUACACACGGGGUGGGAAGGUGGACAGAUGUCUUCUGCUAUGUGUGUGGUGUGUUGAUUGAUGCAGCACGGCCCGCCCCUUUCCUCCGGUGGCCGUGUGGGCGUCCUGGACACCUCCCCGCCCUCACACAGCCCCUUCCGUGGCCUCUCCCCAUCCCGUGGUCUCUCCCCCCCUGCCAUCAUCACGGAACAGCCGCGCCAGCCCCCCCAGCCAACCACCCCCCCACACGCCACCCCACCACCCCUUCUCUCGGUCAAGCGGCGAGAGCCCGAUCAGACCUUCACCUUUGCCCGGUCCAAGACUCCCCCCGUCAGCCGGUCACCGAAGCGGGUACACACGAGCGGCCGCACGAGCGACCCUGGGUCAAGAUCGCCUAUUCGUCGUGACGGCGCACACACAGUGACAGUGGCAUCGCUGGGACCGAGCGUGUUGCAGAGGGUGGUGGGGCUGCAGGCCGAGAGGGUGGUGCGGGAGGUGCAGAGAGGGAGGGAGGAGGCCAUACGGAGAUGUGUGAGGGCCGAUGUUCGGUCGCUGCCGCGGUCCCGGACCCCCCCGUUGCGUGAGAGGGAAUCCGUGCCGAUGCACAUGGUGUCCAAGAGCCGCCUGGCGCCACGGGGCAAGAGCGUCGGGUGACUGGCGAUCGAUAUAUGUGUUGGUUCCUUUUCGUAUGUACAUUCAUUUGAUACGCACGUACAGCGCUCCAGCUUUUUGUAGGGGGGUUGGCUGGCUGACGUGAACGUACAUGUGUCCGCUUGUGUGUAUAGCUAGAUGCAUGGGUCAUGUACAGGCAGACAGACAGACAGACAGACAGACAUGGAGCGAUGGCGCGACGCCAGAUGGCGGCGAGAAUUGAGAUUCUCGACGUCGAGACGCCUAAUUUUACAUUACUUCUUAAGCGUGCGUCAUUUCUUGAUGUUCGUCC